CAUCUCCAAUACGUGGCGCCGGUGGAACUCUGAUAAGGAUUUGGGAUUGCUCCACGAUGAAGGACCUUUUCUGGCACCUUGUGGGCAUCAGUAUUGGCCUAAAGAUCCUCCUUAUACCGGCAUACCACUCCACAGACUUCGAGGUGCAUCGCAACUGGCUGGCAAUCACUCACAGCUUGCCACUGAACCAAUGGUAUGUGGAGGCUACCAGCGAAUGGACUCUGGACUACCCACCCUUCUUCGCCUACUUCGAGUGGCUCCUAUCCCAGGUGGCCAAGUACGUGGAUCCCCGAAUGCUCGAGGUAGCGAACCUCAACUAUGAUUCAAAGGCCACCGUAUACUUCCAGCGAUUGUCAGUCAUCGUAACAGAUCUGGUCUACGUUCUGGGUGUGCGCAGCUGUCUGGGCUCCUUAGGCCUGGCACGGGAUACUCAGCAGCACUUUGCCGCCUCCAUGAUUCUGUUGCUCAACGUGGGACUGCUCUUUGUUGACCACAUCCACUUCCAAUACAAUGGCUUUCUGUUUGGCAUCCUGUUGCUGGGCAUCAGCUUCCUUGUGCGCCGGAGGUUUCUGUGUAGCGCUUUUACCUUUGCAGUCCUUCUAAACUUUAAACACAUAUUUCUGUAUUUGGCCCCGGCCUUCGGGGUCUACCUUCUAAGGUUCUACUGCCUGGAGCAAGUGGGCACUAAAUCACAGAUAAAAGCAUUUCUGAAGCUUUUGGCCGUGGGACUGUUUCCCUUUGCCGCCUCCUUUGGACCCUUCUGGCAGCAGAUUCCACAGGUGCUCUCUCGCUUGUUUCCCUUCAAGCGGGGACUGACUCAUGCCUACUGGGCGCCCAACUUCUGGGCUUUGUACAAUAGCGCCGACAAGGUGCUCGCCAGCGCGCUCCGGGUAAAGGCUGAUGGAGCGGGAGCCACCUCUGGACUGGUGCAGGAAGUCAAGCACGUGGUAUUACCAAGUAUAUCGCCUCCCGUUACCUUUGCCCUGACGGUUCUAUUCAUGCUGCCCAUUCUUGUGAAGCUUUUCAGGAGCUCCAAAAGCCAAAGCCCUCUGGUGUUCCUUCGCGCCGUGGUCCUCUGUGGCUGUUCUUCCUUUGUCUUCGGCUGGCACGUCCAUGAAAAGGCCAUUUUGAUGGUUCUCCUGCCGCUGUGCUUGCUCACCGUAGUGAAUCGUGAGGAUGCCCGAUACGCCUACAUCUUGGCCAUUGCCGGUUACUUCUCAUUGUUCCCACUGCUUUUCGAUCCCGAUCUGUUCAUUCCCCGCUACUCAUUGUAUAUGUCAUAUGUGGCCAUGCUGUACGGCCAGCUGUAUCGUGUGUUUCCCGGUUUUCGGGGCUUCCAUGUGAUCGAGUGGCUCUACGUUCUCGGCUUUUUGGGAAUCCCUCUGUACGAGCACUUGCUGGCCCACUUGCUUGGCUGGCACCGGCGCCUGCCUUUUCUGCCCCUGCUGCUGACUUCCGUGUACUCGGCAAUUGGGGUGCUCUACUUCUUCGGGGGCUAUUACCUGUACGCCCUAGGCAUCGGUUCGCACGCAAAGUGGCACUCCUCGACGUCCGCGGAGACGGUCGAGAAAACUCGAAAGAAAAAACGAAAGACGAAAUAAAUACAUAGGUCCUCGAAUAGGAUUCAGCAGAAACACA